AUGAGUCAACGUCUCCCGCGCACAACAUUCCGGCAGCAUUCCUACCGCCAAUUGACAAGAGUGAUACCCUCUGGUCGAGCGACAUUUUCACAAGCGCACGGAACCGAGUUCUCCUUCGCAGAUAUUCCAACCGAAAACAAAACGCCACAGACCCUGACGGAGAAGAUCGUGCAGCGCCAUGCUGUCGGCCUCCCAGAGGGAAAGCUCGUUCGGAGCGGCGACUACGUACAGAUCGAGCCCUACCGAUGUAUGUCUCACGACAACACCUGGCCAAUCGCCAAGAAGUUCAUGUCCAUGGGCGCCACCCAGGUCAAGGACCCCAAGCAGAUGGUUUUUGCACUCGAUCAUGACGUUCAGAACAAGACCGAGUCCAAUUUGAAGAAAUACGAGCAAAUUCAGGAAUUUGCAAAGAAGCAUGGUGUCGUGUUCUACCCGGCCGGCUAUUCAAUCGGUCACCAGGUCAUGGUGGAGGAGCUGUAUGUCUGGCCGGGCACAUUCGAUGUACUCAACCAUGCGGUUGAGUUCACCGGCUCUGAGGAGACAAUGUCUAGCAUAUCGGUGGAUAACAGACUUACAAUCAGUAAUAUGUCAACUGAGUGGUCUGCGCUUUCUGCAAUGUUCCCCAUAGACCGGACUCUGGAACGCUGGCUGCGAUACAAGGCCACAGAAGCAGCGAUGCACGAAAACAGGACAACAAGAGAACGAAUUACCCACGAAAAGAUUGACGAGCUUUACGCCAAUCCUGUCCAUGCCGAUCCCGGAGCACAUUAUGCAAAGCAGCUCUACCUCAAUCUCUCUACCCUAUCGCCUUAUAUCUCAGGACCCAACUCCGUCAAAAUCUCAACACCCCUCAACGAGCUCGCGCCGAAGAACAUCAAGGUAAACAAGGCAUACAUCGUGUCUUGUACCAAUUCUAGAGCCUCUGAUCUCGCUGCAGCCGCCAAGGUCUUCCAGGAUGCCGCAAAGGCGAAUGGCGGCAAGACCCCUAAGAUCGCAGACGGUGUCAAGAUGUAUAUUGCGGCAGCUUCAGUCCGUGAGCAGGAGAUCGCUGAAGAUCAAGGCAGUUGGCAGACCCUGCUCGAAGCUGGCAGUAUCCCACUCCCGGCCUCUUGUGGGCCUUGUAUCGGACUGGGAACUGGUCUCUUAGAACCCGGCGAGGUUGGAAUUUCGGCUUCGAAUCGUAACUUCAAGGGUCGAAUGGGCUCUCGAGAUGCUCUCGCGUACCUUGCCAGUCCUGAGGUUGUGGCCGCCAGCGCCCUCAAUGGCGUAAUUUCAGGCACGGGCGAAUAUGAGGUCCCAGAGAACUACUCGGGCGUGGACUACGGUUAUGGCACUGGUAUGCCUGCAACCACGGAAAGCGAGCUCGGCAACGCUCUGCAACAGCUCGAGUCACUUAUCGACCGGGUCGAGUCGUCCGUGGGUGGUGAUGACACCUCGAAGGCCACAACUCAGAUUCUUCCUGGCUUCCCCGAGAAGAUUACCGGUGAGAUUGUGUUCUGCGAUGCCGACAACCUCGACACAGAUAAUAUCUAUCCUGGAAAGUACACAUACCAGGACGACAUCACAAAGGAGGGCAUGGCAGCCGUCUGCAUGUCGAACUACGACCCGGAUUUCGGGUCAGUCGCCAAGCCCAAUGACAUUCUCGUCUCAGGGUUCAACUUUGGCUGCGGAUCCUCAAGAGAGCAGGCUGCGACAGCAAUCUUGGCCAAGCAAAUACCGCUCGUCGUGUCGGGCAGCUUCGGAAACAUCUUCUCGCGGAACAGCAUCAACAAUGCGCUCCUGGGUCUGGAGGUCCCGCGCCUCAUCGAGCGCCUUCGCGCCACCUUCACCCGCGAUGAGAAGACGCCAACCCGGCGGACAGGAUGGACUCUAACGUGGGACGUCGCUCGGAGCGUCGUCCAGGUGCAGGAGGGCGAGAAUGGGGAGCAGUGGGAGGAGAAGGUCGGCGAGUUUGCGGCCAACCUGCAGGACAUUGUCGCAAAGGGCGGCUUGACGGAGUGGACUAAGCACGAGAUCUCGAAGACGGAGUCAUAG